AACAGCGCGAGCGCGCUUAACAACAAGUGAGGCGCAGGAGAGCUGAAAGACGAGGAGAACUCAGACGGGCGUCCCUUCGGUGGAACCACGCAGGCGGAUGAAGCCGGGCCCGUGGCGCGCACUUUCUGCGGGGGCCUCGGUGACGCUGCAGCCCGUUUCGCAGCCAGAAUGAAGCCGGCCAGCAAGGAGCGGAUGGCGGCUCGCGGCAAGGGGACGGCCGCUCUCAGGCGCACCCCGAAGCGAAGCUUGCCGCUCUGGGCGACGAGGGCCACAGACACGGCGGGGAGCCCUUGGAGACUGGGCUGGGCCGAGCGGGAAGCGCCCGGGCCAGCGUCCCUCCCCGCUCUCGGGUCCUGGCACCGCACGGCCUUCUGGGUGCGCCCUCACGGCAACGAAACGGCCAGCGGCUGGGGGGCACCCUCGCUCGGCUCGGAGUCAGCGCGGGGCAGCGCGCCGCCCGGGUCCCUCCCGCAGGGGGGGGGGGGCGCGGGAGGCGCUCACGGGCUGGGGGGCGGCGCGCGUUGACCCAACUCGGAAACGCCGGGACUAGUCUGAAGAAGGUGACGGGCAACCUCAGCAGCCCGGCCCGGCCCCUGGGCUAGAAGGACCCGGGCAUCGGUACCGGCACCGACGCCUCCCGGCAGUCCCGGGAGACUGCAGAGCCACGGCCGCCCGCCAGGGGGCGCGCUCGCACAGCCCAGGGGCCCAGCCCGCGCAGGAAGGUCCGCCGCCCCAGGCUGGGCAGUAGGAGCCGCCCUAAGGGCAACCCCAGGUCUCCGGGCUCCCGCGAUCGGCGGUUUCCCGGGCAACUCGGGUUCCGCCCCCCCCUCAGCCUCCCGGACUGUGCUAGGAGCGCUCUGCUCCUGCCCGCCCCACACCAGCUAGGGUAGGGCGGGAGGCACUAAAGGUUACAGCGGGGUUCAAGGGCCGAGGAGUCCAGGACGGGCCCUUUAAGAGCUAAGCGAUGUGGGGGCGGGGCCGCCCCGCCUCCCGAGGGCAGGCAUGCGCAGGAGCGCUCUCCCGCGGCGCCGGCCCGGUCCCUCUCUGCCCCCGCCCCUUCCUGAGCCCUUGGUUCCUUAGAAACGGCCGCAGUCCCGGCCACGCGCGAGGCUGCCGCCGUCUCCCAGCGCGCCCGCGCCCUCGCGCGCUCCUUCCCUGCCCGGUCCGCUCCCGCAGCCCACGUCCUCGCGCUCCGAGCUCCAGGUGCCGUCGGGCCCCGCGCUGGGCCGUACCUGGCCCCGGGACCCCCGGCGCGGCCUGAGGAGGGGAUGCCGGCAGGCUCGGGCCGCACCUCCGUGGGCCCCGCGCGCCAGGAGCCAUUCUCAGUCUGUGAGCAUGACGAAUGAAGCCCUAGUGAAGAGAUGAAUUGGUGAAACCAGGAUGAAGCUGCUGCCAGGAGUUGGGGUCUUUGGGACUGGCAGCUCAGCUCGGGUUCUGGUCCCAUUGCUGAGAGCUGAAGGCUUCACCAUUGAGGCACUGUGGGGCCGGACAGAAGAGGAGGCAAAGCAGCUCGCUGAAGAGAUGAGCAUUUCCUUCUACACCAGCCGGACAGAUGAUGUCUUGCUACACCAGGACGUAGAUCUGGUUUGCAUCAACAUCCCUCCUCCACUUACUCGGGAAAUAGCUGUGAAAGCUCUAGGUACAGUCAGGCCACAAAAAAGGGGUAUUGGAAAGAAUGUGAUCUGUGAAAAAGCCGCCACCUCCGUGGAUGCCUUCAAGAUGGUGACGGCCGCUCGCUACUACCCCAGGCUCAUGAGCCUGGUGGGAAACGUCCUUCGAUUCCUGCCGGCCUUCAUCCGGAUGAAGCAGCUGAUCGAAGAGCAUUAUAUCGGCAACGUGCUGAUCUGUGAUGUGCGCGUGUACUGGGGCAGCCUCCUCAGCCACAAGUACAACUGGAUCUGUGAUGAGCACAUGGGGGGCGGUGGUCUGCACACCAUGGGCACCUAUAUCGUGGACCUCCUCACCCAUCUGACUGGGAGGAAGGCUGAGAAGGUGCACGGUUUUCUGAAGACAUUUGUGAAACAGAAUGCCGAGAUCAGCGGCAUCCGGCAUGUCACCAGCGAUGACUUCUGCUUUUUCCAGAUGCUCAUGAAUGGGGGUGUUUGUAGCACAGUGACUCUCAACUUCAACAUGCCGGGUUCCUUCGUGCACGAAGUCAUGAUUGUGGGGUCUGCUGGGCGCCUCAUAGCCCGAGGAUCCGACCUCUAUGGACAGAAGAGCACCGCUCUUCAGGAGGAGCAGCUGCUGAUGGAUUCUUUGACAAUCAAUGCAGGGCUUCUAGAAAAGGGGUUUAAAGACAUUCCCUUGUUGUACCUGAAAGGCAUGGUGUACAUGGUGCAGGCUUUGCGCCAGUCAUUUCAGGAACAAGAUGACCAUCGCACCUGGGAUUUUAAGCCAGUCUCCAUGGCAGCCUCCUUUGAGGAUGGGCUUUACAUGCAGAGUGUGGUGGAUGCCAUAAAGAAGUCCAGCAGGUCUGGGGAGUGGGAGACGGUGGAAGUCAUGACUGAGGAGCCAGAUGCCAAUCAGAACCUUUGUGAGGCACUGCAAAGAAAUAACGUCUGAGCUGGCUGCUGCCCACUUAGGUGGCGGCAUGGGGUAGGGGAUGUCCUGGGCUCUAACCUUCUUUAGGGAAGACACAUGGGUUUGUAUUUAAUGUCAGGAUAUCAUAUGUCUAGGUAGAAACCUGAGGUGACCAAGGAAAAGACAGAGUGGUUUCUCCUCAGGAGGUUUAGGGUUCCCAUUGCUGUUGGAUCGGAUUGUUAAGAAAAGUUGAAUUUCUCUUUGCACUUCCAGAAAAGGACAGAGCUGUCAUCCCAUGUCCAGGGUCAGAAAAAGUGACACCUUUUAAUAGGAUAGAAAAGCCCACACUGAGCAGCCAGCCCCAUGGCCUCAGCCUCCAGGGAAAUCACUCUAGGCUUUCAGAUCAGUAUAGAACUGAUGGCAAGGUUCCAUUCCCCAUUACCUUACUGGGCAAGGGUACUUCCAUCAGAACCUCAAGGCUCACCCCUGACCCCUCCUUUCUGACUUCCCUUACUUUGUUUACAGAGGGGCAGGAUGUGGAGAAAGGACUCUCUUCUCUGUUGAUUUAUGGGCUCUAACUGGAAGAUAAGAUAGGGAAUAUGGGAUCACCUUCCCACAUACUACCCAGAGUCUAAAUCCUGGAAGAGAAGGGGAAAAUCCCUGUUGUUAAGAACUCCUUAAUGGGGACUAAACUUUAGAACAAAAGUUUGGUGAGUAUAUCAGCUGUGAUAACAAAGAGAAGAAAGGAUUAAAGCACCUGAAAAAAAAAAUCUAAAAUAAAUUAAUCAGAAGAUCUGAUACUCUGAAUUUGUUUGUGGGGUGGGAGAGGGAAAAAAGUUUUGUGGACAUUUAAAAGACUUGUUUAAAGAGACUGAAGUUUUUGUUACCUUAUGGGCUCUGUGUUGAUUAGUCCUCAGCGAUUCCCAUGAAACAGGCAUAGGGCGAAUAGAUUUUUGGAGAAACUAAUCUUUUUGGAGAAACUGUGUCGGUCCCUCUCCCUGCAUCUGACCCUCUAGCUUUCAUCCUGACCUCUCGCCAACCUUCCCCACUAUGGGUCCCAUCUUGGAUGUUCCCUGAAGGGCUGGCUUCUCUCUCAGGGAAAAACAAAACAGAAGGGGUGUGGACAGCUUCCUGAGGUCCUGUGUCCUUUCAGGAAGACCAGGAGAUGAGGGCUUCUCCAGAGGCAAAGGAAAAGUGGUGACUGGACAGAAAUACGUGUGCAGCUGAGGCUGGGCUGGCCUCCUGGAACCCCACACUCCCACCUGUCGGGGCAUGUUUGAGUGGAAAUGCAUGAUAGGGACCAAUGCACAGGAAGUAGCUACGCUCCCAUUAAAUGUGUUUUGUGUAUGUGA